ACUAAUAGAGCAGCAAAUGUGCAUGACGCAUGGACCUGGGGCCGCCCUACGUUUAUAAAAGCAAAUGUGUGCAUGUCAGGCAAGAGAAAACCUUUUAGCAACCUGCGGUUGUGUGUUUUGAAACCGGGAAAUUUUAAACUCGCCGGCUCGGUCUUACGCUGACCCCAGACUUCGGCUACCGUAACGUAAUCAACCUCUUAUUAACCGGUGGCAGAGGGUUCAGCAAUGGAGCGCACAAAAGCCAAGCUGUCGGACAACCUGACUGGCACUCCUCCUCAAACUGUCAACCGGCAUUUGGAAGAGCGGUUAGCGACAACGAAGUAUGCCGCACGGACUGGGUCUUCCCAAGUGGUCUGUGAAAAUGGGGUGCCCCUCUCAACAGUACCUGACAGCUGGAAGGAGGAGCGUACCCGCAGCUUGGAAGAUAACGAGAUGAGUUUGCCAAGCCUCGCUGCUGCCUACACUACCAUCCUGAGGGGUCUUGGAGAGGACCCCGAAAGACAGGGUCUCCUUAAAACUCCGUGGAGAGCCGCAACUGCUAUGCAGUACUUCACAAAGGGCUACCAGGAAAAGAUAACAGAUGUACUGAAUGAUGCUAUAUUUGAUGAAGAUCAUGAUGAAAUGGUGAUUGUCAAAGACAUUGAUAUGUUCUCCAUGUGUGAACAUCACCUGGUGCCCUUCAUUGGCAAGGUGCACAUAGGAUACCUCCCGAACAAGAGGGUUCUGGGGCUCAGCAAACUUGCCAGAAUUGUUGAAAUCUACAGCCGGCGAUUGCAAGUCCAGGAGAGGCUUACCAAGCAGAUUGCUGUGGCCAUAACUGAAGCACUGAAGCCGGCUGGAGUUGGAGUUGUCAUCGAAGCCACGUACUUAUCACAUGUGUAUGGUUAUGCGUGGAGUUCAGAAGAUGAACAGCAAGACCGUGACCAGCACAAUGCUUGGAGUGUUCCGUGAGGAUCCUAAAACAAGAGAAGAAUUUCUGACACUUAUCAAGAGUUGAGACCUUGCAGCACUACUGCAAACCGCCUUUUUGGAAACACAACGCCACUGCCAAAUACAUCUUCUAAAACCACCAUCCGCAGCACCAGAGGGACAUGUGCCAGAUUCAAUACAAGAAAAGAGACAUUGCUACACCACAGACACACAUUCUAACCUGGAAUCCAGAAAUCCUGAGAAGAGGCACAACAAUGUUAACAACUGACAUAAAACAAGUUCUUUAGAUGAGCAUAUAUGUUAUCUUAAAGGCUAUUACAUUUAAACAAUCCAGUUUUAAUGAGUACGUUUCACUGCCUCCACAGAAUAUCAUUUCCAAACUUCAUACACAUAAAAAGCCAGCUUCAGAAAGGAUGCCAUCUUGUUUACACAUAUACAUUCCAUAUGCAGAGUGGUAUCAUUACUUUGUCCAGUGGUGCAUUACUACGUUUGACCUUCAGCUCCAGAUGGGAAUCAUCACAACAUCUGACAGGAAAUCAACUGAAUGCUUCUAACUGAGAGAAAAACCAAAACAUAUAGGAUAUCGCCUAUGAACACUUGAGAAGUCUAAUUGAUGGUUCAUCUCUAGGCUUAGGGCAAGCAUUUGUUAAUUUUGGAUAUGUUGAAAUCCCUUUAUCAUGUGACACAGUACUUUUAUAUGUACAUUUUGGAGUCUGGCAAGCUCCGAUCUGUUGGUCCCUUCAGGUCGCGUUUGUUCAUUCAAGUUUCCUGCGGGUUGCAGUAGUGCACCUUGGAAUAAUUUGUGAACUACCACACCCUUUUUACAGUGUUUAAUAUCUCUGCUAUUUAUUUAUUUAUUUAUUUUUAUGAAGGUUUCAGAACUACUCUGAAUAUCUGUUGUAUAAAUGAGACUUUUAAUGUUCAAAUUGCUGUCUUUUGUGUCAGUCCUUUGAAUGUAGUUUCUCUUUCCCCUUUCUUGAAACAUCCUGUACUGUUGUCUGUCAUGUGAAAUUCUAGUCUACAAUUUGUUGUCUUUGAAAAAAUUAUCCAGGUUGUUUGUGUAGAGUAAUUUCUUUAAGUAGACUAAGUAGGAAGAAAAUGCUGAGGUGAAAUGGUCAGUAGUAGUCAUGGGAACAAUUUUGACAACUAUAAGUUGUCCUUAUAGUGAUACAUUUACAAUGUGUAUCCUCAGGCUUAAUUGAGAUGUUUCAUAUUCUGCUGGUUUUGUUUUUUUUUUUUGUUUUUUUGUUUUGGUUUGUUUUAGAAAAAACAGUAAUAGUCACUCCUGUUGAGUCUAUGUUCAUUACACAAUCCAAUAAUACAUAUGUGGCCAGAAUUUAUUCUCAGGUAAUAUUUAAAAUAUAGAUGGACUUGCAUAAAAUGCAGAGGAAAGACAAGUCUUUAGAGUUAUAAUUGGACAAUACACUCAGCAUGACCAAUAUACAAGGAAACCCCUUGGGCACUAUUCAGAUUGCCCUUGCUUUUUGAAAAAAGAAAAAAGCCCACAAUAUUAUGACCCCACCCACAAGCUUAACUACCAGAUUUGGCUAUUUGCUCAUUUACUAUACUAUUGUGAAUUGAUAAACAGGUGCUAUAGGCAGGAAAUGUAUUUGAGGCUCGGGAAACUGAAUGUUUCCAGAACAUAUUAGAUCUACUUACCAAAGCAGUGCCAAGGCAGCAAGUAGACAGAUCAGAGACAAUAAAGGAUGGAAUUUCAUUGUAGGCUUAAACAUAAAGAUAUUACUAUCAGAAAACUUUUCAACCCAUUUAACCCAAUGAAGUCUAUAUGUUCCUUGUAUUUCUCUGUUUAAGUUAAGCAGUAGUAGUGUACUGGCCCAUUUCUGUUAUUAACCUUUUUUCGGUAGAUCAUAAUACCAAAGUCUUUAAUUGUAACACUGGCCAAGUUAUUACAAAUUUGUCAGUUUAGAUUAAAUUUGACAUUGUUCGUUCAGCUUGGGUUUGUGAAAGCAUUCAGAGAAAACAAGUGUUAUAAUAUGUCCCUGCUAUAAAUAUACUUGUAGAUGUCUUAUUCAGCUCUAGGUUGUCUGUGGAACCAUCUCUGACUAUGGUAACUAUCAAACAGAAACUACUAGUAGGUCAAUGUGGUUUGAAUUGAUAAAAGCAUAACAAUUGUAAUGCUACACUCACUACAUUAUAUGAAAUUUAUUUUGGCUUGAAAAUAGUUUUAUUGGUUAAUUUUGUAAUAAAUAUAUACAUCAGAUCUGAAUAUAUGUAGACUAAGAGUGUGUGUGGCUAAUUUUCUUGUCCACCUGGUUAAUAACAUUUUCCAUUUCCUGUUUUUUUCUCAUUAUCAUAACAUAUCGUAAGAUUAUCACAUCUGCAUAAUUCAGUUCAGGUUUGCAUGGGGCAGGGGCCUAUCCAAGCAGCAUAAGACAAAAACCAACCCACUUGUGCAUGCAGCUGGUUUACAUUUCACAAUCAACCUAACCUGUACAUGCUUGAAUACCUAGGAAAAAACCUAAGCAGACAUGGGGCUUUCAAAUAAACCCCACACAAACAACUACCUGUUUGUAGGAUUUCAGCCCAUGAUGUUUAAUUACUAAGGCAGCAGCUCUAACCAACUCACUGCCUAUUUUUAUCUCGUUGCACAAAUUGCCUAAUAUCUCAUCAGAAUGACUCGUGUUCCUACUUGCAUACCUUUCUGUCUCGUCCUUAUUCUUUUUUAUCUCAUUUGAUUGGCUUACAAUCUUCUUGCACAGUAUAUCUUAGCUUGCAUUUGGAACAUUUUUCAGUGGUUAAUCUUUCGUGGAAAUCCUGACUAGCCUGCAAACUUGUAACAAGAAGCAUCUGCAACUGAAGUGGUGUUUCCCCUGGACUGUGGGGCCAAUUGCAUUAUUCUUUUAUCUUUAGGAAGAUUGAUGGAGGGAUGAGUUGUAGUGAGCUCUGUAACACUCACCUCUUUGCUUACUGAAGGCCUCACUGUAGGGCUCAGAAGUCAAGUAUAGUAUAUAUCGGUCAAUAUUCUGUUGUAGUUUCUUCUUGCUGGUAAUGAUGUUCCAUUCUUAUCUGUAUAUGACAAUCAAACUUGAAACUACACAUACAGUUACUAUACCUGUGUGUCAAUGAAUUUGAUCUAAUUCAAAAUGGAUGAAUCUGAUCUUAUUGUAGCAAAUCCUGUGUAAAUGCUAACCACUGCUUUAACAAUUUGAACAUUAUAUAUGGUGGGUGACAUAAUACAAGUCCUUUUACACGCAUGUCUUCAUUGUCGAUAACUAAAUUCACUAAUUGCAUUUCAUUGGCAGAACAGUAUGCAAAAUGAAUUUUCUGUUUGGUGGUCAGUUCACUCACUUCUGUGUUUAAAUUAUACAUAUUUAGAUCAUGGGCAGUAUAGUAUCUUGGUGCAGUCACACAGCUCCAAGAUACUGUGUUUGAAUUCCACCCCAGGUCUAAGGUAAUACAUGUAUUGAGUUUGCAUGUUCUCUUCAUUACUUUCUGGGAUAUUGCCUGUAAAGAAGAUUUUGUUAGUGUUAACUGGCAUCUCAACUUUUGCCAACUGGGUGUGUGCAUUCAUUUGUCAUGUGAUAUAUUAACAUCAUGUCCAUGGUUGGUUCCUGCCUUGUGCUCAGUACUUCCAAGGGUUGUGUGUUCCCUCUGACCCUGAAAUUGGAAGAAGUAGGCUUAGUAUAUUAUUUUAUAUAAUUUGAAGUUUGAGCUGAAGUUGAUUUCUUAUUCCGCUGUUUAAAAAGUGAGGAGUUUAAGUAUUCCUGGCAGUACCAACCGUCAUUUAAUAUCCUUUGGAACUGGAGUUAAAGUUAGUAUAUAUACCAUGUUGUAUUUGGCUAAAAUAUUCUGGAAUGUAAAACUGAAAUGUCUUCGGGCCUAAAUAAGAAAAUCCCUCACACAUGGUUACUUAUAACAUUUUUUUACAAAGUGAAGCACUUUUAAAAUUUACUUUGUUUGAUUUGCUUUUUGUAUUUUGGACUUGAGGACUGCUGCUCAGGAACACUUGCCCUUUAAUUCUGUUCACAAAACUUAAUUCAUUCAUCUAUCUAUUUUCCAAUUUGUUUAAUCCACUGGUGGCACAGCUCAAGAGGUACACCCAUCAAAGUCACACACAUCCCCACAUAGGGCCAAUUUAAAGCUUCCAGAUAUCAUGUCUUUUGGUUGUGGUAGUGAAAACUAGAAUAACUGAAGAAAAACCCCCAUAGAAAGGAGGAGAAGACAACUGCGAAGCAGAACAUAUCCACUACAUCAUUGUGAAUACAACAAAUUUUUAUAUAUAGUUAAGUGAACUUGGCCAUGCACUUUACCAUAUUGUUGCCAUUUUUUUAUUACCUGUGCUUCGCAUUCCCACAAGUUAGGUUGCACAAUUGUUAUUGUAUGUGCAUAGCUAUCAUUUUUUUAAAGCCUUGAUUAACUGUUUCAACAACAACAACAACAUUUAUUUAUAUAGCACAUGUUCAUACAAAAAAUGUAGCUCAAAGUGCUUCUGAGCCAGAAAAGGAAAUUCUGAUACACCAUGAUAUUAUCCCCACAACUAUUGCCAUUUUACUCCAUGAUGAAGAUUUUUGAGCACAGCAUGAUAUGUACAGUAUAUUUCUUCUUGCUUCUUAUUGCUUUUUUAGUCAUGUACUAACCAGAUUGAGAACACAGGUUUUAAAAAAAAUCUGUGAAAAUUUGAGUUUGUGGUUCUAUACUAAGUCUGUUUUUAAAAGAAAGCCAAAUUUGUACAAUUAUUUCAAAUCUCAGUGUUUCUAAUAAACAGUAUUGAGGAUUGUUGAUCUGCAAAGAUAAUUUUUUAAUCAUUUUGAGAGUUGUCUUGGCAAUGGUGACCACGUAGAUGUGUGUAUUACCAAUGUGCAGUAAUGUGGUCUUUUUCAGUGGUUAAGGUCCUUUAAAUGUGGCCCUCUUUUAGGAGCAAUUCUCAGGAAGUUGCAGUGCUGUUCCACUUGUAGAAUCUAUGUAUAUAUAAUUUAUGUGUAAUUUCUGUUUUAAUGAAAGUGUUUAUAAAGUUACUCAAAUAAAUAUA